GUAGCUGCUGCUGCUGCUGCAACGGCAGGUGAGAAUUGUGGCUACGAUGCGCCCUAUAAAUAGCGCGCACGGCGCAGGGAAGGGCAUCAGAACAGCGACAGCGCUCGCAGGGCCAAGUCCAAGUCCAGAAUAAUUCCAAAACAAACUAAACCAAAAAAGUAAAAGAACAAUUUUCAACUACAAAAAAUGGCACUGGGCAGCGAGAAUCAAAGCCGUAGUCUCUAUCGUCUGGCGCCCUAUGCCAAGCCGAGCAGCAACAACUAUCUGCAGCAGCAGCAACAGUUGCUGCUAUCGGAGCAACAACAGCCGAUGCUGCUGGGCGGGCCAUCGGUGGUGCGUCGCAAUGCACGGGAACGCAAUCGCGUCAAGCAGGUGAACAAUGGCUUCAGCCAGCUGCGACAGCAUAUACCCGUUGCGAUCAUUGCGGAUCUGAGUAAUGGCAGGCGCGGCAUUGGACCCGGCGCCAACAAGAAGCUCAGCAAGGUGAGCACAUUGCGCAUGGCCGUCGAGUAUAUAAGGCGGCUGCAGCGACUCAUCGACGACAACGAUCAGCAGCAGCAACAGCAGCAGCAGCAACAGUUGCUGUCGCCGCAACAGCAGCUGGCACAGCAGCAACAGUUCAGCUACCAGCAGCAACAGUUGCAACAGCAGCAACAGCAAUUCUAUGCACUGCAACAGCAACUGCAGCUCAUCUCGCCCGGCGGCAGCAGCUGCAGCUCCAACGCCUCCAACGACUCGAACGCCUCCAACUCCAGCAGCAGCAACUAUUAUGCGACGCAGCCAACCGAACUGAAGCUGGAGUCGAGCGGCGGCAGCUAUGAAGAUUAUCCCAACAAUUCGUGCAGCUCCGGCGCCGAGGAUGACGACAUACUCGACUACAUCUCCCUGUGGCAGGACGACAUCUGAGUGCAGUCCCCAAGCCAAUCCAACCCAACCGAAACCAAUUCCAGGGCAGCCAAC